AUUACCCCACGACUGUACCUGAGCAAUUAAGAUACUUUGUCACACGGUUACUGCUUAAACUCAGACCACCGAUCAAGGUCACUGAGGAACAGAACAGCCCAUCAGCGCCCAAACACAACAGACGUUUAACAGUUUGAAGAGGCAAUUCCCUAAACAUAAGUCACCGGUAUAUGGCAUCUUAUGACAAACCGACGUAUCUGCGAGACAGUAUCUAAAACAAACGUAUCUUUAUGAGACAAGUUCGACCUAACCAUUCGUCAUAAUCCCGAGUGUAGGGGACCUUUCGGGCGUUCAACGCUGCUGGAACAUAUCAUUCAUUCCCGUCCGUGCAGCGACGGUGAAUGAAGCAGGCUACUCCCACUAGCGCUCAGUCAGCGGACUUAUGAAGCAUGGCCGCUUCCGAUCCACGAGUGACAUCUAUAGUAUCAACGACCCUACUUACACUACUGCUCUCAAAGAAUUCUGAAGUAAAAUCAAAGACGGUUCUAGCGAACGUCCAAUUUUUUUCACCCGGAAAAUUUGAUUGGUUUGAUAGCUUGAACACAUGUUUUCGUUUCAAAUCUUUGAGGCUCUUUAAAUAUGUGGUGUUGACACUAUAAAUAAGUCGAACGACUAAUUAGGAUGCCAGAUUGGCACCUAGCCCCAUUUCCCACGAUUAUUUCAAGGUUUCAUUACAAAAUUCAAAACGCAAGGAUUUUUUUGUCGCCGUUUUGUAUACGUGUUUGCAAAAACCGCUCCCGCGAAUAGAGCUUGAGUGUAUAGUCAAGCCGGCUGGUAGGCCGCGUUGUCGACGGGCCAUGCUUACAGUUACCGAGCUCAGUGAAGUAGUCAGCCUACAGGCGGAACGCGGGUAGCCUUCCAGAUGCUUGCGAUGUCGCUCCUCGCCACCUCCAUGGCAUGUGUAACGGUACAGCUACAGUGACCACUUCUUACACUAGCAGCAUGGCCAGACCAACUCUGGCUCAUGUCAUACACGUGGCCAGUGCCCUGGUGUUUUUGACAGGGAUGACAUCGCUGUUGAUAAGUUUUGGACAAAUGAGAUCAAAGGAGGGACCAGGCAGUGCUAAUGCAAGGCGUCGCGUGCCUAGAUCAUUGGAAAGGCUUCACCCUGACGACGUCGAAAUGAUCUACAUGCAAGGAAUAUUCUCGUCUCUGAUGAAUGCUACCAUACAGAGGAGCGACGACGAUGCCUUGAUGCAUUUGCUGCCGGCGUUGGAAAAAUUUGAAAAUGUCAUUGUUGAAGAAUCUCGAAAAAUUAGGACUGCACUGAAAGACCAUGACAACAGGAUAAACUAUUUAGAAGCUUUUGUUGCUAGGCAAACAGUUGAAGAUGUUCAAAAUACCCAGGAAAUCCACCCAAACAAAGUGGCUACAGGCACGGCUAGGAUAAAGGUUGUGUCAAAGGGCAAGGACAGGAACGAGGUAUUGAAAGAAGAAAGAAAACCCAAGAAAAAGGGUAAAGAGUUUAAAGAUACUUCAAAGAGUUUUUCUGUGGAUGUGGAGAUUGUCAAAAAUGAAACUCUGGUUGUAAAUGUGGUGAAAAACGACACGGUUGUCAUUGACGAUGUAAAAAGUGAUGCAUUGUUGAAAAAUGAUACAUUGUUGAAAAGUGACGGCCUGUUGAAAACGGAUACUGUUUUAAAAAAUGAUUCGGUGUUGAAAACGGAUACAGUGUUGAUAAAGGAUACACUGUUGGAAAAUGACACAUUGUUGGAAACGGAUAUUUCAUGGAAAAAUGAUACUGUGUUGAAAAUUGAUACUUUGUUUGGGAAUGAUACUAUGUUGAAAAAUGAGACGGACGAGGAUAUUGUGUUGAACAGUGUAACACCUUCAGCGAAUCUUACAGAUAUUUCAGUGGUUGUGAAUGAAACAGAAGCGGGUUUUUGGGACAACACGCCGGGUAAGGGAAAUAACUCUAUCGACACAACGAAUGCAACCGUUUCGACACAUGAGCCAGAUAAUGACAUGGAAAAUGUCACAAGCGUCCCCACGCCCCGGACCUCCCCAGACGAAAUUAACGCUAUUACCAUGCCAGAAACAACAAUAACAACAAUCGCAGCUACAACAACAACACUCAUGCCGGCGAGGACAGAAAAAGUUACCAUGACAACUGCACAAACAGUGCCGUCGACUACCACGCCAACAAUGGGCGUACUAUCACUAGAGAGGAUUGUGUCGGAUCUUCAAAAGAAAGUCGACCGACUGGAAAAAUCGAGGUCAGGUGUAAGGUCAGGAAACAAUAAUUAUAAGAAAAAGUUGAAAAGCAUUGAGAAAAAUGUGUCAACAAUGAAACGUAAAUAUAGGAAGAUGCGCAAUCGCAUUAACUCGCAAAACGGUAAAAUAGCCGGUUUAGAGAUAUUGCAAAGUGUAGCGUAUAGCGAUAUGCCUAUGAACGUUAUGGCUGAAUAUGAAGCCAAAAAAGCCAUGAUUAUGCGUCUUGAUAAGAUGGAGAGACGCUUGAGUAACUACAGGGACAUGGUGAUCAGGAACAGACACGAGAUACGGGAUCUCAAUGGAUUAACGUCCAAACAUGAACACUAUGUGAGUGAGCUGCAGUCGGGGUCGGACCGGUUUGAACAUAAGACCAGAGAAAUGAUAUCCAACAUGCAUGGCUUAGAACACAGUAUGGGAAACCUAUUCAAUUCAUUGAACGGUUACAUGAGCGACAUUCGCUGGGAGAUCCGUGUUAUGCUUGACAGAGUGUGCGGAGAUAACCAUCUUCAUUGCUGAUAUAUCUUACAUACAUGUAUUUAUUAAUUUGUGCAUUCGCGGGGGUGUGUCGUUCAUCUCGUGCCACAUCCUUACCUCUGUAAAGUGCCACGCUGGUCAGACCUAAAUGUGUAUACAAUGGUCAUGCGUGGAAAUAAUUGUGUUCAGUACAAGCACGGAAUUCAUAUUCUCUGGAAGAAAAGCGUGUGUUGUGUAUAUGCCUUUAUAAAAUACGAGUGGUGCUAGCUUUGGUCAAAAAUACCAGAGGAUGGCUUCAAUUAUGGCCAUAUCAGAUGCCCUUUUCUCUUUGGGGCACAUAGAACAGGAAGAGAAUGUGCUUAUGAUAACAGUUUAACACAUGUCGAUAUGCCGAGGCCAAGGGUCAAUCCUGUCACAUUGUUGCUACUGUGUGGCACAAAUUGUGGAAGGUAUGUGUGUUCGUCGCCAUACUGGCGACAUAUUGUGACGUACACUAUGACGUCAGUAGAUGACGUAUAUAUGACGUCACUGAGUGACGUGGCGUGUAUGUAUGAAUGUGUCAUUCGGAUGGGUCCACAUCGUAGUAUAUAGAUUGUGUACGUCUCCUUGCCAAUACGGAUUGUGUACGUGUGUCCUCUCGAAUACGGAUUGUGUACGUCUGUCCCAGUGAAUAUUGAUCUGCAAUGCAAUGCUGACACCUAUUUAUAGCGCGCAUACCACAAACAGUUCCAUGAUCUGUACCAUCGCCAAAACAUUGUCAGGAAAAUUAAACCGGAAGUUCCGUGCAGGAUGUUCUGAUGGCUGCGGGCAAUGCUUUAAUAGAACAGUUGACAUAGCUUCAACUCGGAAUCAAAUACCUCGGGAACAGCAAGACUGAGAAUGCAAGAAACGUGUUGUUCAUUUUCACACACUAUACAGACUUACUGUAGCGGUAGAGCGGGACGGUGACAGCUAGUGUUUGCAGGUCCUGGUUUUAAAUGCACGAAUUGUUGUACAGGUCAGGCGACCAAGGUACAUUGAGGUAUGCCAGUCAACCAGACACAAAUAAGCACAUGUGGUUUCAUUAAUGCUAUUUUCUCAGCAUUGAUGCAAAUUGCCUGAGGUAAAAGCAAAUAGGUUCUCAAUAAUGUUUUAUGAAUGUCCAAAUCGGUUCAAUCUUGAUUUGACCCGCUGCGUUCAGCAAAGUAAGCACAGUGACAGCUGCAAGUUGAAUUUGGUUCUAAUUCGCUAGAGGAAAAGCUGAAUGUAUGUUAUUAUGUAUCCUUUUCUAAGUGUGUUAGUUUUCCAGAUGUCGGGACGUGUAACUAUUUGUGAAUGAAGAAGUUUUCUCAUCAAGGAAGUAUUAAGAUAUAGCAUUACUUGGAGUUAGCUCAAGCGAGGCGUGGAGGCGGUAGUCUCUAAACUGAGGCUUUCUAAAAAAAAUACAGCUUUUCAAAUGGAGUCAUCCACCCGGAAACGCUUAGGUACAGGUCUGGUAUACGGAAUUUUGGAGGUACCAUACCCACUCCAGAAAUUCAUCUCGUUCCGCUUCAACGCCCACGCCGGGAGUAAAAAGGAAUGUCCUGAUUUCUGCUGCACCUCCACAAUGGACUUUAACCUUUACAAGCCUCUUUUCCAUCAGCUCGUCAACCAACCGUUGUCCAGAACGAGGCU